AUGUCUCAGGCCAGAGGCGUCAAAAAGUCCACCAACCCAGAACCCGGCAAACGCCGGACUCCUUAUGCUCUCCGAGCAUGCGAAGCCUGUCGCCGUCGCAAAGGCAAAUGCGACGGACGUCAACCGUGUCGCCAUUGCGCAAGUCGUCACCAGAAUUGCAGCUACAACGCCGGUCUAGAAGCCAACGAUGACUGGCAAGCGACAACACAAAGUUUAAUUCCCUCCAACUCGAAUAUCUCUAAACCCGACCAAUAUCCUCCAUCGAAUCACUCAGAGCCGCGCCAGCCGGACCAAAACGCAAUCGUGGACAUGCUAUCGAGUCUACAGGCGCAAUUAAACAGUCUUGCUGCCCAAGUCAACUCGAACUCAAACCCAAACUCAAAUAAUCACCAAGAAACGAAUCUGCCAUCACCUGUGACAAUAAUUGAGAACGCGGCAGCAGUUAUCAACCGAAUUGACGCCGAAAACGCCAACUUCACCUCCAAUGACGACACAGUCGAGUCACCAAUGUCUUCAAAAACGGUAACGUCUCAGAACUUCUACGGGCCAACAUGUCCAGACUACGCACUCAACGUCGGUCAAUUGAAACUACGCCACAGUCUUCAUCAACGCCAAGUCCAAUUAGCGAGUAUCCAUGAAGACGGCGAUCCAGAUGAAGACGAUGUCGAAACACAGAAUGGCCAAUUUUCCAUGUCACCACAGAACAUCGACAAAGGUGACCCAGCUAUGCUUCUCGCAUUCCGUUCCAUCAUUAGUCUACAAGAAGCUAUCCAGUUGUUAUAUGUUUACCACGAGGUCGUUGGAGAGCUUCAUCCUGUUGUCGAUAUCGACGGGCUCGUCAUGCAGACCAAGUCAUGGUAUGCAGAUGCUGGAGCUGGCGUGUGGGACGUCGUGGCUGCGAGCACAGGAGCGGAAGCGUAUGAGUUGCUUCUGAUCAUGAACCUCUGUCUUGCUAUCGCAUUGCGGGCAGACUCCAAGGUGGGAAAUAUGAACACUGAGGGCUUGCUCCGGGAUAGCUUUCAAGAUGCCGUCAACGCAAAACUUGCGGCGCCUGCCAAUAGCAUCAGGCAUGCUACAAUUGUAUUUCUCAAGGGCUGGUAUGACUUCUUCCAGGAUAUGCCUCGGUCAGCUUGGCAAGCUCAACGGACCGAGGCUUGCACCUUGAUUAGCAGUAUCGUCAUUCUCGAUCGGCAGUGGAGUUAUGCAACUGGUCUACCAAUACACUUUCACGAAAAGAGCUUCAGCUCAAUUUCGACCUCAUCGGUCAAACAUCCUUAUUUAAAAGCCAUGCUUUCCUUUAUCCUCAUCAGCGACCGCUUUAGUGAACCACUCUCCAGCGCAGCCAAAGGCGAAGGCUACAACGAUGAAAGCUCAUUCGAAUUAAUGACCUUUCAAAUCGAACAGUGGCGCAAGAAAGCAGUUGGUGAAUAUUCUAUAGCGCAAUGCCACACAUGGCAAACAGACCCGUCCACAAGACCACCGACAUGGGCUAUACUACUUAAUCUCCGUGCCGAAUCAGUCAGAAGUCAACUCCUCAAGCCGUUCUUCUUUUCAGAAUCGGAUAUUGAGAUAACGAAGAAGCAUGUCAGAGCAGCGACAGAACGGGUUUACGAUAUCAUCAAUGUCCUGCACACACUCGACCUUACGACAGAUAUUUACAGGAAGCAACAUCCCUGUUAUCAACACAUACUUGCUUGUACAUCUGGACUUGCAUUUCUCCUCAUGGCGUUCAUCAAGCAAAAUAGAAGCAGCAUGGUUCCAAGUCUAACGCCAGACCUGGUAGAGUCUCUGGGUGGAAGCUUUAGCAUGGCAGUCAACCUCACAACAAAAUACACCAGUCGAUCACGGUCAGCUCGCAGACUUGCGAAGCGCCUCGUGGAAAUGCGGCGCAACCUUCUUAGUCUAGGUAUCCUAAAUGCCGAAAGUCCUGGAAGCCAUGAGGGACUGGACGGCGUCACAGAGUCUGUUAGACGAGCGAGUCUUGCGCAGACUGGAUUUUCGGGUGGUUAUACUGAGUAUUCGCCGCCUUUUAAUACUAAUUCUGUCUUCGGAAGCGGAAUCGGAAUGUCUGGGGUGGAUACAGAUAUGCAGAUUGGGUGGGAUGAUCCGAUGAGACGCACACUCUUGAUGCAUCAGGAUCUGAAUAUGGAGACUUGA